GAACGCAUUUGACAGUUCCUUCAGAACGCUGAAAAUUAUAUUCCUCUGUUUUCGUUACCAUGUCCUUGCUAUCUGAUAGGGUAGUGAAAUUACGCCUGGAUAUCAAAAGAAGCUGCUCUCACUUUCAAAGCACAUGGUAAUUAGAAAGAACCCUUUCGGAGUUUCAUUUAGAGAGCUGUGUGAUAAGAACCAAAAGAGGGUGUGUUUAAAAAGGGAGUCUUCCUGUGACAGUGAAAGUGGAAAUCACUGCUGGUGGUCAACAUUAUGGCGGCUUUAACCUGACGUGUUUAGGAUGUCAUUCAAUUGAAACAACUCAUGAAUAAGUAGUCAAGUUUUUGUUUAUAUAUGUAUGAAUUGCAAAAAACACUGAAUCAGUGCAAAAAGUGCAUUGGAUGGACGAAUUAAAAGUGAAUUUGGUGCGCUCAAAGGGAAACUUGCAAUCGAUAAAUUGAUUUUUGGGAUUCCCUCCGGAAGUCUCGUCGCUGUUCGAAGGUUGAAUGUGUUUACGUUUUGUUCCGUCCGUUCGCUGAAAUGCAAUAAGGACGCAAAAUUGCCUCACAAUCGAUAGUAUCAUACUGAAUAGUUUAUGAAACUGAGCAAUAAUUCAUAUUCCAGUUAUUGACUGCAAGACAGACGGCUGACGCCAAUCGAAAAGGGGCUGAGGCAGAAGCUCGUUCUCAUAUAGUGAUAAAGGAGUGCGAAUGAAUGGUGGCAAAAUGGAGCUUCUUCUAUGACAUCAGUGCUAUUCCGUCGGGCUUGGGGCGUGUUUUGCUACAAUUGGACGCUCGCUUUGUGCUAUCUAGUUGUUGUUUGGCGUUGAAUUUCAUUUGAAUUUGUGCGUGUUUAGUGCAAAGUUUAGCUUUCAAAAGUUUUGUCAGCAAUUCGUUCAAAACUGGAGGAUGAAAUUAGAUCCUCUGAAACGGAUCUAAUCAACAAAAUCGACUCAUCAAUGUUUCAGGCAUGCCGUCUCUGGAACCUGAGUAUAGCCAGUGUUUUAGCUCUCACUCUAUCUAAUGUGUUUCUAACCGUACGACUGCUCCAUAAUGGUGAUUGCAGCAAUCAAUAUAGCGCCAAUAUUGAGGACAGUGUUUCGCUGGUUCCACGAGCCCCGAUCCUCACACCGGCAACCUGUUUGGAAUAUGUGCUGGCCGAUUCGCUCACCAACAAUACGGAUAAGGCCGUUUUCUCUGGGUUGGAUCUACGCCUCGGCCGUUGGGACUCCCGGAGACUGUACAAAUUUUUCGAUUUUGCUGUGAUUGGAGAGAAGUACCCGGAGUUGUCGGAGCGGUUCAGUGUAUGUUUAGCCACGCAGAGCUCACUGGAAAAAAUAUACUCGUUAGUUCAAGUUUCUCAUCAUUGGUCCGGUCCUAUUUCAACAGCAAUUUUUGCUGCCGGAAAUGAUGAACUCUAUCUGCUACAAAUCUACUUAUCCUACCUAAGAAACUGCUUCAAAACGAUUCGUGAGCGGGUCAGUUUCCACCUUGCUUUACCAAAGGAUCGCGCUCCGACUCAUCUCAAAAGCAUCCACGUGGGUGACUUCACCAAGUUCGAUUGUGCCAAACCUGAAGCGACGUUAAACGAUCUGAUAAAACUGCGCAAAGUGGAAACCAACAAGUGGCGCAUCAAGAAUCCUUAUCCCCAAAACCAUCUGCGAAACGUCGCACGCAAAGGUUGCCAAAGUACGCACGUUUUCUUGACGGACGUCGACAUCAUCCCAAGUGUAAACUUUGCCGAACAUCUGGACAAAUUUCUGAGAAACCAGCGGCCGCAGCACCACCCAACGGCUUACGUGGUGCCAACAUACGAGCUGGACGAGCGAGUUCGGUUUCCUCGCAAUAAGACUGAUCUGAUACGACUGGCCAACAAAGGCCUAGCACGACCGUUUCAUCAUAAAGUUUUCAUCUACAACCAGUUUGCGACCAACUUUUCGAGAUGGCAAGCAGACGUUUCGGACAGCGAAGUAACACAUGUUUCGCACAAUGUGACCAACUUCGAGUUCCUCUACGAGCCAUUCUACGUAGCCCCGGAUACGGUACCUCCUCACGAUGAGCGGUUCCUCGGCUAUGGAUACACAAGAAACACCCAGGUGUAUGAAAUGUUCGUCGCUGGGUAUCAAUUUCAAGUGCUGUCUCCAUUGUUCACCGUUCACUGGGGCUUACAGAAUAAGAAAAGCAGACCGGCUUGGCGCGAACGGCAAAACAACGUGAACCGAAAAUAUUUUGAAAUCUUCAAGAGGGAGGUUUUCGCUCGUUAUCACAAGGAUCCACUGCGUAUGUUGCUGCCGAAAAAGGUUCAGAAACAGCAUGGCUUGGGUGCGGGAAAUGCUGGAGGUGGAGCCGCUGGAGAUAACAACGGUUGAUUUUAUAGUUCGUGCAAAGUGAUAAUUAGCUUAACGAAGGCGCUAUAUAAAUUCACAUCGCUACAUACUACCAUUAUAUCAUUGUAGAGUACGAACAAUGUAGUGAUACGAAAUAAUAACUCAGUACUCCAUUAUAGCACCUGAACUCAUGCUUCUCCUGCCAAAUUAGACUAUUAACGAACUUAAUUGCUAUUGGAUGCAUUGUAAAGCUCUUUCGACCAAUGGUCAUGUUUUUAUUGGCUGUCAAAUUUGAUUUACAAUUACUAUGUUUUAAUUGAUAGGAAUAUUUAAUUGUCACACAUCGUAUCGCUAGUGCUAAACUGACUGUUCGCAUGCUCAUUUGUAGUCAAUAAAUAUGCAGCCAUCAUUUCCAAACCACGCCGCCAUUGUUGAAAGAAAAGUUUAUUGGGAAGCCUCUUGUGGGUUCCAACAGAUACAUUGUAGGAAUGGGAAAAGAAAUAAGUCAAAAACAAAUUUUGUUAUUGAAACGUUUAAGUGAAAGAGUAUGUGUAUAUAGAGUGAUUUUUAACAAUGUAUUUAGCAGUCAAAUAAAUUAAUGUUGUCAUUUCACAGUGA